AUGGAGGAGUGUAGCUACAGUCUUGCUAUUUUGGGCGAAGACAUGCUCGACAAGCUGGGCAAGAUGUUGGACAACUCUACCUGCGGAUGGAGGCAGCUGGCCAAAAUUGUGUGUGAAGAGCCUAAAUUCCGCUGCAGUGAAAAGGAUGUGACCAACUGCUCGCUCCAGGUGUUGAGUGCGACAGGAAGCCCUGGUCGCAGUUUUCUGAAUCUCCUGAUCGAUCGAUCCUGCUCUCUGCUCUUUCUGCUACAGUGUUUAAGAAAGACUGACCACCGGGAAGCUGUACAGCUCCUCACAAUGACAGUAACAGAACAAAUCCAGGUUACAGUCCAGCCCAACUCCCAAAGGGCACCACUGGGCAGCAGGGUGGUUUUGAUAUGUCGGGCCUUUGGGCCUCCCGGUUUGUGUUACCAGUGGUUCAAAGGCAAAGAUGAGAUUUUGGAAGCGACUGCACGCACACCUGAGCUUGUUGUAUGUCCUUUGGGCCCCGAGCACCAAGGUAGCUACAUCUGUCGAGUCAACCAUGGAGACAACUGUGUCUUUUCCCAGUGGGCUCAAGUGCGCUUGGUUGAACCUUCAGCCAGUGCGAGUCCAGGUUAUUGCAGCAGCAUGCUCUCAGGCUCAUCCAGUGGGGUGCGUAUCAUCUACCAGCCUCAGUCCCAAGCAGCAUCUGAGGGUGAUGCCUUGCUUUUAGAGUGCACUGCCGUUGCCAACCCUCCUGCUCAGUACCAGUGGUACCACAACUCUGUUGUGUUGCCACAAAACAAGGCGCGUCUACUCAAAAUCCCAUGUGUGACCACAGCACACAGAGGGCAGUAUAGAUGUAAGGUGUUCAACUUGUAUCACGAAGUAUGGAGUGACCCAGCUACUGUCAGCAUUGGCCCAUCUUCCAUCACUGAUCCCUCCUGGGUGGCAGUUGACCGCGGCCUGGCCACAGACAAGGUAGCACUCCUUAUCGGCAACAUGAACUAUCGCUACCACACUCAGCUCUGCGCUCCCAUGGCGGACGUCCACGAAUUGAGCAACAUUCUGAGGCAAAUGGACUUCAAGGUGGUCUCUCUGCUGGACCUCAACUGGCACGAGAUGCACAGUGCCAUCACGGAGUUUCUGCUGCUUCUUGGCAAAGGAGUUUACGGCUUGCUCUACUUUGCCGGUCACGGAUACGAGAACUACGGCAACAGUUUCAUGGUGCCCACUGACGCGCCGGCCUCGUAUACAUCGGAGCACUGCUUUUGCGUCCAGAACAUACUAACUAGAAUGCAGGAGAAGGAGACUGGACUCAACGUACUCCUGUUGGACAUGUGCCGGAAAAGAAACCCAAACGAUGAUGUCGUCGUCCAACCUGGUUUGUUGAAGGUGACUGCAAAUAUUGUGUUUGGAUAUGCCACGUGUGUCGAUGCCGAGGCUUACGAAGUGAAGAGAGAAAAUGUUUCCAACGGCAUUUUCAUAAGCUUCCUCAAGCGGCGGGUUCGCGAGGAUGAAAAGGUCACCGUAAUGCUGGACAGGGUGGCAGAAGACAUGGGUCGAUUUGAAAUCACUCGUGGGAGGCAGGCUCUGGAGCUCCGCAGUAAUCUGUCCGAGCGGCGUUCCCUCACUGAUCGUAUUCAGAUGUCAGACUGCACAGCAGCGUAUUCGGCUCGUAACCUACAAUGGGCUGUUGCUCAUGUCCUGCCAAAGAGCCUUUUCGUCCAUUUUGACUGUGGUGUUAAAGUCCAGCUUGGAUUUGCUGCCGAAUUCUCCAACAUCAUGGUCAUAUACACGCGUAUACUGGACAAGCCCGGAGAAAUUUCUUCAUGCUCUGCUCAGCUCGCUGACUUUCCUGAGGAUGUGGAUAUUGACCUGAAGAAAAGCAAUCAGGAAUCUCUGCUUGAAGCUGGAAGUUUAUUGUUAAUCAAAGAACAGCUUCCUUCGCCUGAACUCCCCAGUCGGUACACUCGUAUUUGCAGUCUGCAGAGACUCAAGAAGGAGCUCACGUUCGCCGUCUGUCUCCGUUACAUUUACGCCAACAUGGAGGAGGAAGUUGAGGAAAGGCAAGUGGUUACUGUCGGCAAACCGCUGGUUUCCAAACUGAACCUCCACCAACAACGACAAAGCUCAGCCUCGCCAUCUCUCAACCUGGAAUCAUGUACUAUUUCUGAGGUCUCCUCCGAGGACUUUGCGCCAUUAGCCUCCAACGUGUAG